UAUCAUUCUUUGUCAAAAAUAUAAAUUUAAUACUAUAUACUACUAUGGUUCUAUCUUUUUGGGAAAGCGUAUAUUCACAUGCUUUCCCAAAACCUAUUCGAUUCAAAUAACGAGUAGUGUAUGGAAAUAGUGUGUGUGUGGGUGUGACAGACUGACAAACCCGAUCUAGGUGUGUGAAUUACGACACGGAGGAUGAUGAUGUUGCAUCCGGCAACCGAAUUGCUUCCGCCACCCUCAUCGCCGACGAUCUCUUCAAUUUCAUCUUCUGAUUUCGACACCGAAUCAACUGGGUCGUUUUUCCAUGACCGUAGCACCACCUUAGGAACUCUAAUGGGCGUGACGUCGGCGUUUCCCACCAUCACAUUCAGAACCCCCUCCCAGCGUCGAGACCGCACGCCCACUAUUACGCUCGGAUCAACUCCUAACAGUAGAAGCUUCGUAGGACGACGGAGGAGGAACAAUGACACGACGGCGGACUUGGUGGCGGAAAGGCGUCGGAAGAGGGUGAAAAGGAGGAACUGGUGGUGGUUGUGCAGCGGCGUGGCUACAAAGCCUUCUUCACUUGGGGAGUUUCUGGAAGUUGAACGGAGGUUUGGGGUGGAGGCACUCUUCGAUGGCGAUGCUCUGAUGGAUUUGAAUUUGGAUGAUAAUCGCAACAAUGAUGGCCGGAUGUUAUUUGCUAAUGGGAGAGUCUUACCACCACCAACACAUUCCUCCGAUGUUGAUGAACGGAGUGCCUCUUCUCUUUGUAGGUUUCCCGUUUUUCUGACCGGAAUCUGCCGCGGUGGUGGUUAACGUCGGGAACUUGGAAAUUGGGAUAACAAUUUCGUCCACUUGUAUGCAAAUCUGACAUUGUAACCAUCUAAAUUGUUGAAAUAAAAUGACUGAACACAUAUAA